CGCUUUUUUGGACAACCUUCUGGACUCCGCUCUUGCCAAAAAAAAAGAAGAAAAAAAUAGGAUGCCAUUGCCAAUGUCCGGUCUGAAACUCUCCGUCGCUGCGGCAUCAAUCUGCACGAAUCCGUACAAAUGGGUCCGUACGGUCUCCGCCUCCGCCGUUGCCUCCUCAAACCCUAGAGGAAGACGAAGACAGCGAUCCCCUUUCUCUUCUUCUUCUCUAUCCAACGACGCCAACCCGCGGCGCACGUUACUCCCCUGCGCACCCUUCGCUUUCUCCGCGCACGUUAGCGGCUCUCCUUCCUGGAUUAUUACAGACCUCCUUUACGCCUCCUCUCAUAAAGGCCUAGGGUUCCCGAUUCGGGGUUCUCGUCAUCGUCCUUUGUGCUCCCCUUCCUCUUCCUCUUCCUCUUCUUCAUCGGAGAGAAGUGGACCGUCGUCGUCUUCCGGGUCGGGUCUUGUGGCGGAUAUGGGUCAGGACGAUGCCGUGACGGCGGAUCAGAACGGUUUCCGUCACGGUCAUCUUCGUGGUUGUGGUAAUGGUGGUGACGAUUCUUUGCUCCGGCAGAGUCACUCGCCAUCGCAUCAGCCGCCGACGCCGUCGUCUUCGAAAUUGCUCACAUUGCCCACCGUGUUAACUCUUGGCCGUGUAGCUGCUGUUCCGCUUCUCGUCGCGACCUUUUAUGUUGAUAGUUGCUUGGGAAGAACUGCCACAACGAGUAUUUUCAUUGCAGCAGCCAUUACAGACUGGCUUGACGGCUACAUUGCCCGGAAGAUGAGGCUGGGGUCUGCUUUUGGUGCUUUUUUGGAUCCAGUGGCAGAUAAGCUUAUGGUAGCAGCUACGUUGAUCUUGCUCUGUACGAAGCCCAUGGAUAUUGCAGCAUCUGGGCCAGUUCCAUGGUUAAUGACGGUUCCUUCCAUUGCCAUCAUUGGUCGGGAGAUAACAAUGUCUGCUGUGAGAGAAUGGGCUGCGUCCCAAAAUGGCAAGGUUUCAGAGGCUGUUGCGGUGAAUAACCUGGGAAAAUGGAAAACUGCCACCCAGAUGACAGCACUAACCAUACUCCUUGCGACCCGGGACAGCAGUUUCGGAGGGCUUGUAGCUUCGGGUGUUGCCCUACUUUACGUAUCAGCUGGACUCUCCGUGUGGUCAUUGGUCGUUUAUAUGAGUAAGAUAUGGAAAGUACUGCUGAAGUAGUGACCCCUUUACUUUGGCUGCCGGUUCUCUGUACACACACACAGAGAUAGAGUUUCUCCUUCCAUACAGGUUGGUACACUUUCCAACGGAGCUGACCGCAAAUUCUUCUUUUGAUGUAUGUGAAAUAGGUAGGAUGAUGAUCAUGAUAUUAUGAUUCUCUAAUAUAAGUCUGCUUUAAAUUUCAAACUCUCGGGGUUCUUCACUGGGAUGGUGUUUGUAUAGAAUCUGAAUGACCUUGCUCCAUCUGAAAACCCGAUGUGACUUGGGACAAGCUUUAAAUUCCAGUGAAGCAGCAGCAUAUGAUAUGAUCUUAA